AUGGGAAGAGGUAGGGUUCAGUUGAGGCGGAUCGAGAACAAGAUUAGCCGACAGGUGACUUUCUCGAAGAGGAGGUCUGGAUUGUUGAAGAAGGCUCAUGAGAUCUCGGUGUUGUGCGAUGCAGAAGUGGCUUUGAUUGUGUUUUCAACUAAAGGGAAGCUGUUUGAGUACUCGACUGAUUCGAGCAUGGAUAUGAUUCUGGAUAGGUAUGAGAGAUACUCUUAUGCAGAGAAGCAACUUUGUACAACUGAUUCUGAACCACAGAUACAACACACUUGCAGGGAGUGUAAUGGAAGUCCAGAUGUGCCGGCUAACUUUGGUCAUAACCAAGCUGAUAAUUUGAGGCGGCUUGAUGAAGCUCCAGUAGAAAUUCUCUAA